AUGGAUCUGGUGAUUGUUGGUCGUCACACACUCUUUUUCGACGACGAUUCGAUGGCAACCUUUGUCAACUCCCCGACGGCGCUCGUUGACUGGAACAGCCUUCUUAUUGACCGGUACGAUGUUCGUCACCUCCUCUCUUCUCUUCCUCCUCCGCGUCCGAAGCGCCGCCGCACGAUUUCAGACGAUCCUGACUUGGAAUCAGACCUCGAUCACGAGCGUUAUCUCGAUUUGCCGGCGGAAUCUCUAUCUCCAUCGCACGAUGAGAGCGAUAUCAAUGAUGAACCAGUAAGUACAAAUGCGGAUGGUUUUCGUGCUGUACCCUACUCAUACGGAAGCGUCAGUGAUUUCAGUGAGCAGAGAGUUGCUGAUAUGGAAUCUGGGUUUCAACCGCCUUUCACCGUGCCUGAUUAUUUACUUCAACACCUGCCCCCAACUGAGAAAUUACAUCAGAUCAUGGCAAGGACUUCGAGUUUUGUAAGCAAAAAUGGUGGGCAGUCUGAAAUUGUCUUGAGAGUCAAACAAGGAGGCAACCCAACAUUUGGGUUCUUGAUGCCAGACCACCAUCUUCAUCCUUACUUUAGGUUUCUUGUUGAACAUCAAGAGCUUUUGACAGGAAAGUCUUCUGUAGAAGAUAAAAAAAAUGAAGGUGGGAAGGAUGGUGGAGCUUUGUCCUUGCUUGGUUCGGUUUAUGGGAGUGUAGAAGAUGAAGAUACUAAAGAAGAGUCAGCAAAGGACUGUAAAACAAACGAGUCUGCGGAAGGUGAUGGUGGUGUUAAGAUAGCUGAUUCCAAUGGACCUGAAGGGUCAAAAGAAGCUGCAAAGAUUGCAACAGAGAGGGAUGCAGCCUCUAAGCAAUCUCUUCCAUCGAAUGGUCAAGCACCUUUCGUUAAAAGAAAUCCUUCUGUCAGCGCAGUAAAUGUUGUAGGGAGGAAGCAGAUCAAAACAGAAGAUAGUGCUACAGAAAAACUUUUGACUCCUGAAAAGUUUCAAUCUUCUGCAAUGCUGGCACAACCCAAGCUUGAACUGCAGAUUGUGGAGCCGCCUGUUGAGAUGAAAAGAGCGAUUGAUAAGAUAGUUGACUUCAUCCAAAAGAACGGAAAAGAACUUGAGGCUACUCUUGCUGCACAGGAUGUUAAGUUCGGGAUGUUUCCAUUCUUACGUCCAGCUAGCGUAUACCAUGCAUAUUAUCGGAAGGUUCUCCAAGAAGCUGAAGAGUUAAAAUCAUGUAACAAAGGCGAUACUACCAAAAAGGAAGGCAUGAAGCAAGAGAAGAUGGGCAAUGAUGUAAAAGAUGACAAAACGGCCCGUGGGAGUGUUUCACCGAAUGAAUCUAAAAAGAAAGAAAAACCAAAAAUGUGCAGUGACAAUCCGAAGAUUGAGUUACAAAAGGAAUCAUUCAAGCCCGUCGAACCACAGAUGAGGGUCAAUGUAGAUGCGGAUACUGCUGCUGCUAUUCUACAAGCCGCUCGAAGAGGCAUAAGGAAUCCUCAGAUAGGGAUUAUAUCAGGCAAACCCUUGGAUGAGACUUUUCAGAGCCUCGGAAAUGAUGGAAGCAAUACUUCGUCUACGGGUCAACAACUGAUGUUUGGCUCAGCUCCUGCUGCUAGUGAAGCUGAUACUUGUGAAGAAGCAGGCUUGUCCAAGUUGGAGAAGUUGCAGAAGUUGCAGGCAGAAAGAUUGAAACGUGCAAAACUGUUUAUGGCCAUGUUAAAACCCAGUGCCCAGCCAGCGCAACAAGCUGAACCACCGCGGAGCUUAUCAGUCGAACCACCGUUGGACUCUGGGAUUUCUGGAUUAGGUUGUAAUACUGCCAAAGAAAGAGAAGGUAGCUCACAUCCAUCUAAAGCCGAGACGACGAAACAAGCAGCAGAUGAUGGUAACCGUGAAAAACGAUCAAAGAGGAACUACCGCUGUAGAUCACGGCGAGAUGAAGAAGAUUAUGAAAUGGGAGGAGAAGAAGACGGUGAAGAGAGCAGCAUGGAGGUGGUUACAGAAGAAACCAAGACUGAGAAGAAGUGUUCAAGUAGAAAACGGCAUGAUAGGCAUUAUAAGCAUAAGACACGACACUCUUCCAAGGACAGACAUUCACGGGACAGGCAUAGGUAUGAGAGCUCCUCGGAUGAUGAGUAUCACAGUCGUUCCCGUCGUAGACACAAACACAGCAGAAUUUAG